AUGAGCUCUGCUUAUUCAACCAACAGCUCAUUUCCGAUACCCAGCUCAGAGCCUCUCGAAGAUCACGAAGAAUGCGAAGAAUUCAUCUCAGAGUUCCUGUCUGGACGUGAGUUUUCAUGAACAGUGAUCAGAGAAAGCAUAUUUGUUCUCAGGGGAUCUCAUCAAUCUCACAAAAAUUGACAAAGAGCAAAAAUCGAAAGAGAAGGUGAAGUACGGCAAAGAGGUUAAAUACGAUGAUGAGGACACAGGAAAAGGCAAACCGGCCUACAAAAAGUAUCGCGAGGAGAAACUGAACGAGAGAUCUAGUGAUAACUAAAAAAUUUUAACUAAAACGUCUUCCUUAUAUCUCAGAAUGUGACGCUCAAUACAUCAACAAUCUCCACACGUAUUACGGCGACGGCAGUCGGCUCCAGAGAACACCGAAAUGCCAUUACGCCGUUGAUUUCGUUGUCAGUUUUGAGACCCCCAAUGUUCUUUUGAGUAUUUGCGCUUACAGAAAAUCCUCGGUGUUGAUUCGGAAGACACGAGCGCACUUAAAAACCUCGAGGUGCAGUUAAGCGGGACUCUCAUUCCUAACCCAUUUAAAAGGUUUCCAGAAAGAAGGUGACCAUUAGAAAAUGGAUAUCACAAACUUACAAAAGAGGAUCAUUGAAAAGCCGUCUACGACGUUCCGUCUCGUGCAUUCACAUCAACUUCGAGGAGGAGACAGAGCCGAAACCACUGAGUCCGUCUGCUCGAUCCACGAUCAAUUGGGUAAUAGAUCACUACAAAACAGGGCUAUGUCUCUUUUUUUCAUUGCUUCAAUGAUUAUAUCUCUAGACCAGAUAGGCUGUCCAGACUGAAAAUUUCAAAGUGGAUACUUUGAACCAAUACGGGUUUUUGGGAUACCCACAAGUAAUCCAAACGACCAGGUCCCAAAAAUUCCCUUGUCUAAUAAGCGGACUUUUUUCAGAAUGCUUCCAUUCACAACGUGGGCGAAGAAUUCGAAUAUCCGAGGGAAUGUAUUUAUGUGAGCGAGCACCGCGAACGCAAUCAGGAAGCUCUGGGCCGAAACAUUGCCCGCGCCUUCCAAGCCCUCAUUCCCCACGUCAAUGCGAUUGUAAGAGUGUUAAAAAACGUUUUUCAACAAAUUAUUUCUAGGAGCUCGAUCUCAAAAGUACUCGAAUACUCGAAAUUUCUAAACUGCUGUUCAGUACGCAAGAUCUGUACGCCUACGCCGUUCCGUCGUGCUAUGAUGUUCCCAAACAUCUAAAGGAAUUCUCUUCUGAAUUCGAGAAAUGGCGUAAAACGAAUGUGUGGGUUGACACGCAACCUGUCAAAAGAUUUCAAAACGUCGUGCUGGAGUUAUCCGAGUUUUGCGAAGAAGGCACACAGUUCCGGAGGGCACGUCAUAUUUGUUCGCUUUGGCCAAAGUAUGGAAGCACGGAAGGCGGCACGACGAUCGAUUUGUUCGUGGAACUGGAUACGGGAAUGCUCAGAGCACACAAAUCCGUGAAAGGAACAGUUAAAAAGUUGCCGCGGCAAUGGGCGAAGGCGCCGGCGGCCAUUGUGAAACUACGUUUCAAGGGAGCCAAGGUUACGGAUCAUUCCAACGAAUUCAUGAAAAACGUGAAAACUUGCAGAGUCAGGAAGACGUAACAAAGCAUAUGAAUGCGAUCAGAUCGUUCGGACAGGUGUACAUCACUUCCGUCGACACGAUUGACCGCCAGCAGAACAAUCGAAAGCUUCCAACGGGUGUGAUAACGGAAAAGUGGAGCGAUCUGUUAACAAUCGUGGUAACGGCCGACCUCAAAAAGUACAGUAGGCCAGGAAUGUCGAGAUUGUUCUGUGAAGACAAGGACUGCAUGGGUUUAUGCGGUUCGGAGCCGCUCUAUCGGAAAGUCACGACGACAUUAUCGCCGCUUCCGACGCCGACGAGUACGACGAUGGUACUUCCCUGGGAGAGAAAGGAUUACGGGACUGUAGGGGGCGUGACGGUGUCACGAAGAACGUCCGAGCGAUCCGUCUGUGAACCCGCUCCACCACGUCUAAGCUCUGUCGCCGGGGAGGAUCACAUAUUCCAACGGCACCAGUUUCGCAAGUAG